AGUAAAUCUUAUUUGUCGCCGAACAGGCAAAAAGAGGAGAGGCCUCUUUCUCCUCUCUUCUUUCUCUUCCUCCAUUUUCUUAGGGUUUCUCUCCUCUGAUGGAGGACAAAAGGUCGAGGUCCUAUGCCGAUGCUGGCAUGCAGAUAGAGUCCUACGGGUCCUGGGGUCCACCGUCUCCUUCCUUUGAUCCGAGGAGCUACAAUACUUCCCACGCCUCUUCCUACUCUCAGAAGGAGAUGAGGCUGAAGAAGGUUAAGGGUGCCUGUUCCUUCAAGGGCGGGUGGUUCAACGACCCGGAGAUCCAGAGGAGGAAAAGGAUCGCAGGCUAUAAGGUUUAUUCUGUCGAGGGCAAGGUCAAGGGCUCUCUGAAGAAUAGUAUCAGAUGGCUAAAGGAUAAAUACUAUAAAGUUGUUUAUGGGUGGUUUUGAUGAACCGAUCGUCGAUGGUAAGGUUCCUUCUAUAUCCAAGCGAGAUUUUGAUAUUUUGCGCGAUCAUUAGGAACGAUUGUCCGGUUAUUGCCGGCGCUUUUCAUUUCAUCUUCUUGUUUUAUACUCUGUAUAUAUCUGCCUUUUCCUAUAGCUUUUGGCAGCGGAUUUAUUAGGCGUAAAGCCUGCCAAGAAUAUGGAGGUCCAUGUUAAAUCCAAGGGUCUCUUAAAUCC